AUGCCGAUCACCAGCCUGCCGCACGACGUCCAGACAGUCAUCUUCGAGCAUCUCCGCGCAGGUACGAAGGACAGCGAGCGCCUGAGGCAGGGCUUCCUCCUCGCAGGCGUCUGCCAGGCUUGGCGCGACUACGGCUACCGCAUUGCGCUGCGCGACCUUCUGCUGCCGUUCGACGGAGGAGACGUUCUCCAAUACCUCCUCAGGAACCCGCAGCAAACGGACUUCGUCCGUUCGAUCUCCUUUGUUGCGCCUCAAAUGAACGGCCGGUCUGGAGGCGAGCGCCCAACAGUGAAGGAGGCAUCAGCUGCGGUGAUCGAGCUGCUCGGGCGCUGCCCUAAGCUCAGCAAUGUCCACCUCAAGAACAUUGCCGGCAGUUCCGCAGCGCUCGCAACGCUCGCAGACGGGCUCAGCUGGUCGACCGUCGAAGAUGUCGACUUCAGGACGACUUGUGCGGAGUGGCGGACGAACGUGGACCAGUUGGCGAAGAUGCCGUCGCUCGAGACGUUAAGCGUCCUGUUCGAUGCGAGCGACGAACGCUCCGCGAGUGCUACCGCAUCGCCAAGCAAUGUCGGUGCACGUCUCGCAUUGAGCAAGCUCGAAAUCUGGCUUCCUCCCGGAGGAGAUCAGGCCACCGAAAUCUGCGCCGACGUUGCUGCCUCAACAGAUCCGCUUCGUCUGCUGGAGCUAAACAUCUUCAACUUCGAGACUGAGACUGAGCUCUGGUCCUUUGCGCCGGCCUCGAAUUUGCGUUCGCUUUGCCUGUACGGUCGUAUCGGCGAUCUCUUCGAGGACCUCCUCGUCUUCCUGCCGCAACUGUCGUCCCUGCGCAAGCUUGUCGUCUUCGACUAUCGAGUAGCAAGUCUCAAGCCAAACAAGGACAGCCUCAUCCAAUCGGUCCUCAUGAGCUUUCCCCCAUCUCUGGUCGAAGGCAGUUUGGGAUGUCUCUACUUGCCUCUCUCGGAGCGAAGGCACUUCAAGCGCACGCCAGCCGCAGACACGCCUAACGGGACGCGUUUCUUCUGCUUCUACUGCUACAGGCAGAAGGAGAAGAGCGCGCUCGCGUUGGCCAAGAUUCCGUUCGAGGGUCAGGUGCAGUGGGUCAUGCUCACGUGCCCCGGCGAUGCCACCGAUACGGAUGCGUCUCAUUCGUCCGCCGGCAGCACCGACGACGAGUCGUAG